AUGCCGUACCUGGGCGGCGAGGAGGCGCAGCGGGAGCUCCGCCGGGCGCUGUCCAACCCGCACGUGCAGGCGGACCCGGUGCGGUACCGCGGCGCCGUGCUGCGCGUGAUCCGGCUGAUGGCGCAGGGCGCCGACGUGUCGGGGCUGUUCCCGGAGAUGGUGAAGGCGGGCGCGGUGCCGGACGUGGUGCAGAAGAAGCUGGUGUCGUUCUACGUGCGCGCCCAGGCCCCGCUGCAGCCGCAGCUGGCGCUGCUCGCCGUGAACUCCCUGCGCAAGGACUGCGCGCACCCCAGCCCGGCCGUGCGGGGGCUCGCCCUGCGCACCAUGUGCGGCCUCAGGAUGCCCGGGAUCCAGGAGUACCUGCAGCAGCCCCUGGUGUGCGGGCUGCGGGACAAGGCGUCCUACGUGCGCAGGGCGGCCGUGCUGGGCUGUGCCAAGAUGGUGAAGCUGCAGGGAGACUGCGAAGUGGAUGGUGCUCUGGUGAACGAGCUCUAUAGUUUGCUUCGUGACCAGGACCCCAUUGUGGUCGUGAACUGUCUGAGGGCCUUGGAAGAGAUCCUGAAGAAGGAGGGAGGUGUUGUCAUCAACAAACCUAUUGCCCAUCAUCUCCUCAACAGGAUGCCUGACCUGGAUCAGUGGGGGCAGAGCGAGGUGCUCACCUUCCUGCUGCGCUACACACCCCGCAGCGAGGACGAGCUCUUCGACAUCCUCAACCUGCUCGACGGCUACCUCAAGAGCAGCAGCCCCAGCGUCGUGAUGGCAGCCACCAAGCUGUUCCUGGUGCUGGCCAGGGAGUACCCAGAUGUGCAGGCAGAUGUGCUGGUGCGGGUGAAGGGCCCUCUGCUGUCUGCCUGCACCUCGGAGAGCAGGGAGCUCUGCUUCACCGCGCUCUGCCACGUGCGCCAGAUCCUCAGGAGCCUGCCCGGUCACUUCAGCAGCCACUACAAAAAGUUCUUCUGCUCCUACUCGGAGCCCCACUACAUCAAAUGCCAGAAGAUGGAGGUGCUGUGUGAGCUGGUGAAUGAUGAAAACGUGCAGCAGGUGCUGGAGGAGCUGAAGAGUUACUGCACUGACGUGUCAGUGGAGCUGGCGCAGGGAGCGAUCUCUGCCAUCGCCAGUAUUGCCAGGACAUACACAGAGCAGUGUGUGGGGAUUCUGACAGAGCUUCUGGGGCUUCAGCAGGAGCACAUCACCUCAGCUGUGGUCCGUGCUUUCCGGGACCUGGCCUGGCUGUGUCCCCAGUGCACAGAUGCCAUGUGCCAGGCACUGCCUGGCUGUGAGGACACCAUCCAGGACAGCGAGGGCAAACAGGCACUGAUCUGGCUCCUGGGCACACAUGGGGAGAAGAUCCCGAAUGCUCCCUAUGUCUUGGAGGACUUUGUGGAGAACGUGAAGUCCGAGACGUUCCCGGCAGUGAAGAUGGAGCUGCUGACGGCGCUGCUGCGGCUGUUCCUGGCCCGGCCCGCCGAGUGCCAGGACAUGCUGGGCAGGCUGCUCUACUACUGCAUUGAGGAGGAGCAGGACAUGGCUGUACGGGACCGUGGGCUGUUCUACUAUCGCCUGCUGCAGGCUGGGGUGGAGGAAGUGAAGCGGGUGCUGUGCAGCCCCAAGUCUGACCCCUCCCUGGGGCUCCUGGGGGCCCAGAGCAAGCAGCCCAUCAAUGCCUGGGCUUUGGAGUUCAACACUCUGGCCACAGUUUAUGGCAGAGAGCGCUGGGCGCUCGCCACUGCUCAGCAGCCUGUGGAACCCUCCUACUCCUGCUCUGCUUGUGCUGACUCCAGGAACAGAGACACAGGUAAACCUGCCUCACCUUCCUCUGGGAGCCAUCCUCCCCUUGUGUCUGAAGGGAAUAAAGAACUCCUCAAGGCUCAUCCUGAUGCAGGCAGCCUAACCUUGAUUCCUGAUGUUUCCCUGACUGCAGAACAGUUUGAGAAGACCUGGCUGAGCCUGGACACGAGCUGCCAGCUCUCUCUGCCCUGGUGUGGGCCUGUCCAUGCAGACACCAUCCAGACAGCCCUUUGUGUUGUGCACAUCCAGACCAUUGCCAUGAGCAAAGCUGGAGCCCAGCCCUGGAAAGCUUAUCUGAGUGCCCAGGAUGACUCGGGCUGCCUCUUCCUCACAGAGCUCCUGCUCCAGGCACCAGAUUCAGAGCUGCAGGUUUCAGUGAAGCAAAAUGAAGCAAAGCCAGAGGCACUGCAGUCCUUCAUCUCAGCCUUGAGGACAGUCCUGGAGGCAGUGGCAGGACUGGAGUCUUGACUGGUCCCUGCUCCCAGCAGGCUGCAUGCUCAGGGCACAGGAAAAGUUGAUUUCUCUUGCUUCUUUUGCCAUAUACCCAGUGCUGGUUUGGUAGUUUCAAACUGCAGAGGUUCCAGUUUGCCUGGAAAGCCCGGGUGGUGUGGGGGAAGCUGCAGCUGGGGCUGGGGAACAGGGCAGGGUGAAGGGUCUGCCCUCCCCUGGGCUGGGGAGAGGACAGGGUCACUCUGGUGUGAGUCACAGGAGUGGUGGCAUCCGUGGUGGUUGUCAUGAGGCACAAACGUCACUGAAGGAUCCAGAACAGAGCUGAAUUCAGGAGUGUGUUUUGGAGAGUUUUUUUCCUGAGAAUUAUAAAUAAUUUUUUUAAAAGCCAAAACAAACCACCAGAGGCACCAGGACUCUGCCACUUAUCUCACAUUAAGAGGAACAGUGCAGUGAGGAGAGAAUAUUUCAUUCUUGGCUCCCUUUACAUUUGUUUUAAUUUGCUGCCUUCAGCUGAUUUCAGUAGGAGCUUCACUUGGGGUGAACAGAGCUCUGCUGUGCCAGAGGAGGGUGGGCAGGGUACAUCCUGCUCACUGAAACCAGCAUGUUCCUCUUCCAAGAGACAGACAUGGGUUUUUGGUUGAAAUGUGGUACUGAGGUGAGAAUCACCCUCUCUGAAGUUUCCCCCAGCUCCCUGUGCUUUGCCAAGCUCCUUGAUUGAGGGUGAGAUUGAUCUAACAGGGUUUUAGGGUACUCUCUGAGGAGCACAAGCAUCUUUUAACCCUAUUCUGCCAGAUUUCUUGUAAUUUUUGCUUUCUUUGAAUGCCUUGAUUGUACCUUCAAAUGGCAUUAUGCCUUCCAUGCACCUCAGUGAAACCUUGUCACUCUUAAACAGACUUCUGC